GUGGCCCCUCAGCAGUAGGAAGAGCUCCUCUGGAUACAUUUGUCAAUGGAUACCUUGGGAAUGGUGGACGACGGCUGCCUAUCACCAGACAACUACCAUGACAUGCUGAAGGGAGGGGGGUCUAGCGGAGGAGGCCGGGUCCACAGCAUCGACGUGAUCUUGGGUUUCAGUAAGGACCAGGACCCUCUGCUGACCCCUGUGGGGGACGUGGGGGCCCAUAAUGUGGCCACUGAGGGCCUGGAGGACCACCAGGGGAAGCAGGUCAAGUCAGACCCCUACGGACACCUGGCCAGCCUGGGGGACAACACACAGCACUCUGACUUCCAGGAGUCAGGCCUUUUCUCCAGUGAUAAGUGUGAUGGGGACCUGGGGGACCUCCAGCAGGGGUUGGACAGCGACAGGGGGAAGUCACCUGAGCCCCCAGAGGAAGACCACCCCAAGAAGAAGCACCGGCGUAACCGCACCACCUUCACCACCUACCAACUCCAUGAGCUGGAGCGGGCCUUUGAGAAGUCCCACUACCCUGACGUCUACAGCAGAGAAGAGCUGGCCAUGAAGGUCAACCUCCCAGAGGUCCGCGUACAGGUAUGGUUCCAGAACCGUCGGGCUAAGUGGAGACGUCAGGAGAAGAUGGACUCCAGCUCCUUGAAGCUCCACGACUCCCCCAUGCUGUCCUUCAACCGGCCGCCCAUGCCCUCCAACAUGGGGCCCAUGUCCAACCCAUUACCCCUGGACCCCUGGCUGGCCUCGCCCAUGUCCAGUGCCACCCCCAUGCACACUAUCCCUGGCUACAGGGCCCCAGGGCAGGGCCCUCACCUUCAGUCUGCCUACCCCAGCCACUCCCACAGCUUCCUCAACAGCCCCCCAGUACAUGGUGUGGUGCACCAGGGGAUUGUGCAAGGAAUGCAAGGGAGGCAAAGCAUGCAGUCAAUGGCCCCGCCUCCCUACCAGUGUCACCCUAGCUUCAAUGAUAACUACCCUAUGCAUGACGAAGUGGAACGUAGCUCCAGCAUCGCAGCGCUGAGGAUGAAGGCUAAGGAGCACCUUCAUUCCUUGGAUAAAACCUGGCAGCACAUGUGAUGAAUAGGAGAGGAGAUGUUCUGUAUGAAGGCUGUCAACACGUGAUUGUAAUAACAAAAACAAAGACGUUCUGUAUAAAGGAUGGUCAACUUCAAAAAGUGAUUGUAAUCACAAAAACAAAGACGUUCUGUAUAAAGGAUGGUCAACUUCAACACGUGAUUGUAAUCACAAAAACAAAGACAUUCUGUAUAAAGGAUGGUCAACUUCAACACGUGUGAUUAUAAUCACAAAAACAAAGACGUUCUGUAUAAAGGAUGGUCAACUUCAACACGUGUGAUUAUAAUCACAAAAACAAAGACGUUCUGUAUAAAGGAUGGUCAACUUCAACACGUGUGAUUAUAAUCACAAAAACAAAGACGUUCUGUAUAAAGAUGGACUCUAUUUUCCUGGAUAUCAAAUGAAUGGGGGGGGGGCACACAUCUUGAUGGAGAGGAUAUGUGGCACCUUGUCAACUUGUUGACUGACUUAUGAAAACAGAACUGAUGAUCAAUUUAUCAUCAAGCUUUGAUGAUCGAUUUAUACUCCGGAUUCAAUUGAACUCGCACUGUAGUGGACUUGCGAUGGCGGGCUGGAUUGUUGACCAAUAUGCCCCCCUAUCAGUGGAAAGGGACAGGAGUACAUCUAAUACUGCGGAAUUCCAUAUUAGUGCCAGGAGUUUUCCUGACCAUGUGAGCUGACUACAAUAAGAAAUCCUCCUGGCCUAGAUGAGGCAAUAUUAUGACCUGACCAGAGAAAACUCCUGGCCUAGAUGAGGCCGUAUUACCUGACCAGAGUAAUCUCCUGGCCUAGAUGAGGCCAUAUGACCUGACCAGGGAAAUCUCCUGACCUAGAUGAGGCCGUAUUACCUGACCAGGGAAAUCCUCCUGGCUUAGAUGAGGCCGUAUUACCUGACCAGGGAAAUCCUCCUGGCCUAGAUGAGGCCGUAUUACCUGACCAGGGAAAUCCUCCUGGCCUAGAUGAGGCCAUAUUACCUGACCAGGGAAAUAUCCUGGCCUAGAUGAGGCCGUAUUACCUGACCAGGGAAAUCUCCUGGCCUAGAUGAGGCAGUAUGACCUGACCAGAGAAAUCUCCUGGCCUCGAUGAGGCAGUAUGACCUGACCAGGGAAAUCUCCUGGCCUAGAUGAGGGAGUAUGACCUGACCAGGGAAAUCUCCUGGCCUAGAUGAGGCAGUAUGACCUGACCAGGGAAAUCUCCUGGCCUAGAUGAGGCAGUAUCUAAUACUGCGCAAUUCCAUAUUAGGGCAAGGAGUUUUCCUGACCAUGUGAGCUGACUACAAUAAGAAAUUCUCCUGGCCUAGAUGAGGCAAUAUUAUGACCUGACCAGAGAAAUCUCCUGGCCUAGAUGAGGCCGUAUGACCUGACCAGAGAAAUGUCCUGGCCUAGAUGAGGCCGUAUGACCUGACCAGAGAAAUCUCCUGGCCUAGAUGAGGCCGUAUGACCUGACCAGGGAAAUCUCCUGGCCUAGAUGAGGCAGUAUGACCUGACCAGGGAAAUCUCCUGGCCUAGAUGAGGCCGUAUGACCUGACCAGAGAAAUCUCCUGGCCUAGAUGAGGCAAUAUGACCUGACCAGGGAAAUCUCCUGGCCUAGAGGAGGCAGUAUGACCUGACCAGGGAAAUCUCCUGGCCUCAAUGAGGCAAUAUUAUGACCUGACCAGAGAAAUCUCCUGGCCUAGAUGAGGCCGUAUUACCUGACCAGAGAAAUCUCCUGGCCUAGAUGAGGUAGGAUGACCUGACCAGAGAAAUCUCCUGGCCUAGAUGAGGCCGUAUGACCUGACCAGAGAAAACUCCUGGCCUAGAUGAGGCAGUAUGACCUGACCAGGGAAAUCUCCUGGCCUAGAUGAGGCUGUAUGACCUGACCAGAGAAAUCUCCUGGCCUAGAUGAGGCCGUAUGACCUGACCAGGGAAAUCUCCUGGCCUAGAUGAGGCAGUAUGACCUGACCAGGGAAAUCUCCUGGCCUAGAUGAGGCCGUAUGACCUGACCAGAGAAAUCUCCUGGCCUAGAUGAGGCAAUAUGACCUGACCAGGGAAAUCUCCUGGCCUAGAGGAGGCAGUAUGACCUGACCAGAGAAAUCUCCUGGCCUCAAUGAGGCAAUAUUAUGACCUGACCAGAGAAAUCUACUGGCCUAGAUGAGGCCGUAUUACCUGACCAGAGAAAUCUCCUGGCCUAGAUGAGGUAGUAUGACCUGACCAGAGAAAUCUCCUGGCCUAGAUGAGGUAGUAUGACCUGACCAGAGAAAUCUCCUGGCCUAGAUGAGGCCGUAUGACCUGACCAGAGAAAUCUCCUGGCCUAGAUGAGGCAAUAUUAUGACCUGACCAGAGAAAUCUCCUGGCCUAGAUGAGGCCGUAUGACCUGACCAGAGAAAUCUCCUGGCCUAGAUGAGGAUGUAUGACCUGACCAGAGUAAUCUCCUGGCCUAGAUGAGGGUGUAUGACCUGACCAGGGAAAUCUCCUGGCCCAGAUGAGGCUGUAUGACCUGACCAGAGAAAUCUCCUGGCCUAGAUGAGGCCGUAUUACCCGACCAGAGAAAUCUCCUGGCCUAGAUGAGGCUGUAUGACCUGACCAGAGAAAUCUCCUGGCCUAGAUGAGGCAGUAUGACCUGACCAGGGAAACACCUGGCCUAGAUGAGGCAGUAUCUAAUACUGCGGAAUUCCAUAUUAGGGCUAGGAGUUUUCCUGACCAUGUGAGCUGACUACAAUAAUAAAUUCUCCUGGCCUAGAUGAGGCAAUAUUAUGACCUGACCAGAGAAAUCUCCUGGCCUAGAUGAGGCCGUAUGAGCUGACCAGGGAAAUCUCCUGGCCUAGAUGAGGCUGUAUGACCUGACCAGAGAAAUCUCCUGGCCUAGAUGAGGCAGUAUGACCUGACCAGGGAAAUGUCCUGGCCUAGAUGAGGCUGUAUGACCUGACCAGGGAAAUCUCCUGGCCUAGAUGAGGCCGUAUGACCUGACCAGGGAAAUCUCCUGGCAUAGAUGAGGCAGUAUGACCUGACCAGGGAAAUCUCCUGGCCUAGAUGAGGCCGUAUUACCUGACCAGAGAAAUCUCCUGGCCUAGAUGAGGGAGUAUGACCUGACCAGAGAAAUCUCCUGGCCUAGAUGAGGCUGUAUGACCUGACCAGAGAAAUCUCCUGGCCUAGAUGAGGCAGUAUGACCUGACCAGGGAAACACCUGGCCUAGAUGAGGCAGUAUCUAAUACUGCGGAAUUCCAUAUUAGGGCUAGGAGUUUUCCUGACCAUGUGAGCUGACAACAAUAAGAAAUUCUCCUGGCCUAGAUGAGGCAAUAUUAUGACCUGACCAGAGAAAUCUCCUGGCCUAGAUGAGGCCGUAUGAGCUGACCAGGGAAAUCUCCUGGCCUAGAUGAGGCUGUAUGACCUGACCAGAGAAAUCUCCUGGCCUAGAUGAGGCAGUAUGACCUGACAGGGAAAUGUCCUGGCCUAGAUGAGGCUGUAUGACCUGACCAGGGAAAUCUCCUGGCCUAGAUGAGGUCGUAUGACCUGACCAGGGAAAUCUCCUGGCCUAGAUGAGGCCGUAUUACCUGACCAGAGAAAUCUCCUGGCCUAGAUGAGGCAGUAUGACCUGACCAGAGAAAUCUCCUGGCCUAGAUGAGGCUGUAUGACCUGACCAGAGAAAUCUCCUGGCCUAGAUGAGGCAGUAUGACCUGACCAGGGAAACACCUGGCCUAGAUGAGGCAGUAUCUAAUACUGCGGAAUUCCAUAUUAGGGCUAGGAGUUUUCCUGACCAUGUGAGCUGACUACAAUAAGAAAUUCUCCUGGCCUAGAUGAGGGAAUAUUAUGACCUGACCAGAGAAAUCUCCUGGCCUAGAUGAGGCCGUAUGAGCUGACCAGGGAAAUCUCCUGGCCUAGAUGAGGCUGUAUGACCUGACCAGAGAAAGCUCCUGGCCUAGAUGAGGCAGUAUGACCUGACAGGGAAAUGUCCUGGCCUAGAUGAGGCUGUAUGACCUGACCAGGGAAAUCUCCUGGCCUAGAUGAGGUCGUAUGACCUGACCAGGGAAAUCUCCUGGCCUAGAUGAGGCAGUAUGACCUGACCAGGGAAAUCUCCUGGCCUAGAUGAGGCCGUAUUACCUGACCAGAGAAAUCUCCUGGCCUAGAUGAGGCAGUAUGACCUGACCAGGGAAAUCUCCUGGCCUAGAGGAGGCAGUAUGACCUGACCAGGGAAAUCUCCUGGCCUCGAUGAGGCAAUAUUAUGACCUUACCAGGGAAAUCUCCUGGCCUAGAUGAGGCAGUAUGACCUGACCAGGGACAUCUCCUGGCCUAGAUGAGGUAGUAUGACCUGACCAGGGAAAUCUCCUGGCCUAGAUGAGGCUGUAUGACCUGACCAGGGAAAAAUCCUGGCCUAGAUGAGGCUGUAUCACCUGACCAGGGAAAUCUCCUGGCCUAGAGGAGGCAGUAUGACCUGACCAGGGAAAUCUCCUGGCCUCGAUGAGGCAAUAUUAUGACCUUACCAGAGAAAUCUCCUGGCCCAGAUGAGGCCGUAUUACCUGACCAGAGAAAUCUCCUGGCCUAGAUGAGGUAGUAUGACCUGACCAGGAAAAUCUCCUGGCCUAGAUGAGGCGGUAUCUAAUACUGCGGAAUUCCAUAUUAGGGCCAGGAGUUUUCCUGACCAUGUGAGCUGACUACAAUAAGAAAUUCUCCUGGCCUAGAUGAGGCAAUAUGACCUGACCAGGGACAUCUCCUGGCCUAGAUGAGGUAGUAUGACCAGACCAGGGAAAUCUCCUGGCCUAGAUGAGGCAGUAUGACCUGACCAGGGACAUCUCCUGGCCUAGAUGAGGUAGUAUGACCUGACCAGGGAAAUCUCCUGGCCUAGAUGAGGCUGUAUGACCUGACCAGGGAAAUCUCCUGGCCUAGAUGAGGCUGUAUCACCUGACCAGGGAAAUCUCCUGGCCUAGAUGAGGCCAUAUGACCUGACCAGGGAAAUCUCCUGGCCUAGAUGAGGCCGUAUGACCUGACCAGGGAAAUCUCCUGGCCUAGAUGAGGCAGUAUGAGCUGAGGCAGUGACUCCUAAAAUGUUCUCAGAAGACUCAGUCCUGGCGGAUUGAGGUUGAGUUGAGAAAAUCCUCUAUCUUGGGUAAUCUGUCACGCCUGCUAAUUUCGUCGGACAACCGUACCACUUAACACCUAAUUAACCGUUUUUAAAGCGAUUAACCUCAGGUUAACAAUUGAUGGACAGCUGCCCUCAGAGUCUCCCUGAAACCCUUAGAUCUGAUUCAAAGCCUGAUAGUCAGUCACAUCCUUUCCUUUCCUCCUUUCCUUUCCUAAUUUCCUUUCCUCACCUUUCCUCCUUCUCUAUUCCUCUCCCACUGUUUUACAGAGAUGCUCGCUAGAUUGUUAGUUUCUGUUCAUACAUACACCACACUAGGAUGUAUACAGUAGAGUGUCUGACAGACUACUACAUGUAAGCAUUGAGUAAAAUUUGAAUUGAAAUUUGAGUUUACUUCCUAAAUUCUCAAAAUGGAACCCAACCCUGUGCACCACCACACAUGUGAUAGUCUGUCAUGUACUGUACAUGUAUAAAUCCUUCUAACACAUCGUAUUAGUUAGUGCUGCUCCUGGAUGUAUUGUUGACAACAGGGGAGGCAGGCAGCCUCUUCUUGGUGCUGUUCUGUUUUUACAUGGCUUAAAGCGGCAAUCAGCAGUACAAACAAUAACUAAGAGUUUUCCCCGCCCCUGUUUCAGAGGAAUGGGGCUGGACAAAUGUAACCACUCUCAAAUUCAUAGACAGAGCUAUGGAUGCACGUUUUAACCAUGUUUUGAGGCUAUAUAGUGUUUGUUUACAUUGUUUUACUCCAACGUUUGUAAACAAAGUCAAUCUUAUAUUUUGGGUUCGGACGAGGUACGACAGUUGAACUAAGCUCAUUAGGCAUUUAUAAGAUAUAUAUUUUUGAAGAAUCAAUGGGUACAUAGCAUUAAUGUAUAAGUCCAAAAAUGGAUGUAGCAACUGCUGAUUGCCCGUUUAAGUGGCAGCAGUUACUAUAGGGCACAGGAAGUACAAGAGGGUGUUCUUUCUAUGCAUUAUGGUUAUUCGGAAAUGAGGGGUCACAUACUGAGUGUGUGUGUGUGUGUGUGUGUGUGUGUGUGUGUGUGUGUGUGGCCCUAGAAUGAGGGCUGCCUGCCUGUCUGAUGUAACACUUCAGUGGGUUAACUGAUUCAUUGUUCAGGACUAUUGAUUCUCCUUUUGGUCUGAAGCUCCUGGAACCAAACGGUUAGAGAGGUUUAGAGUCUGGACUAACAAAUGGUCAUUAAAUCCAUCAGAACAGGGUUGGGGUCAAUUCAAAUGGAAGGCAGUCAAUUCAAGUGAUUUUAAUUAAAAAAAUACUAAUAAAAAUACUUUUGAUACACACUACUUUUCAGUCUAUUGAGAAGUCACUGAAAAUAUAUGCCCUUUGUUCAGUUUACUUCUUGUUUGACUGCCUUCAAUCCUGCCCCUGAAAUCCUGAUGAAAGCACCUUGCUGUUGAAACAAUGGUUAACUAGUAUUAAAUGGUUUGCAUCUUAGCAAUAGAGUGUAGUUACCUUCUUUUUCUCGUAAAACCCACUAAACCAUGGAUGGGCCCUCGUGUAUAUUUUCCAAAAAUAAAACAUUCAUGGGAUACUUCUUCAUACAUUCCUACACACAGAAGUGCAUUUUGUAUUUUUGUGGGAUAUAGUAGUUAGUAAAAGCCAAAGAAAAUAUAUUAUAAAUAUUUGUAAAACAUUGUCUAAUCGACAGUGCGUGUACAAAACAUUAAGAAAACCUUCAUUGAGAUGCACCCCCACCUACAAGGUGUUGAAAGCGUUCCACAGGGAUUCUGGCCCAUGUUGACUCCAGUGCUUCCCACAGUUGUCUCAAGUUGGCUAGAUGUCCUUUGCGUGUUGGACUAUUCUUGAUACACACGGUAAACUGUUGGGCGUGAAAAACCCAACAGCAUUGCAGUUCUUGACACAAACCGGUGCGCCUGGCACCUACUACCAUACCCCAUUCAUAGGCACUUA